AUGGAUCUCUUCAUCAUCCUGGUGACUUGUCUUUCUUGUUUGAUUCUUGUUACUCUGUUGAAUGGAAGCUAUGCCAAAAAGAAGCUCCCUCCUGGCCCUACUCCUCUCCCAAUUAUUGGAAAUAUUAUACAGUUAGGUACUAAGGACUUCAGCAAAUCCCUAAGCAUGCUAGCAAAAGAUUAUGGCUCUGUGUUCACUGUGUAUUUUGGCAUGCAGCCCACUGUGGUGUUGCAUGGAUAUGAAGCCAUAAAGGAGGCCCUGAUUGACCGGGGAGAAGAAUUUUCUGGCAGAGGGAGUUUACCAGUGUUUGACAACUUCGCCCAAGGAUUAGGAAUUGUUUUCAGCAAUGGAGAAACAUGGAAGCAAACCCGACGUUUCUCCCUCUUGAUUUUGAGGCAGAUGGGAAUGGGGAAGAAAACUAUUGAAGACCAAAUUCAAGAAGAAUCCUCGUGUCUGGUGGAAGCAUUUAAAAAAACCAAUGGAUCUCCGUGUGAUCCCACUUUUCUCCUGGCCUGUGUUCCCUGCAAUGUGAUCUGCUCUAUCAUUUUCCAGGAUCGUUUUGACUACAGUGAUCAGAAAUUUCAUAGCUUGAUUGAGCAUUUUCAUGAAAACUUUGACAUUAUAAGCGGUCCCUGGUUGCAGCUCUGCAAUACUUUCCCCUUUUUACAAUAUUUCCCAGGAAGUCUCAAGAAGUUACUUAAAAACCUCGCUGCCCAAAAGAAGUUUAUUUUGGAGAAAGUAAAAGAACAUCAAGAAUCUCUGGACAUCAAUAACCCUCGGGAUUUUAUUGACUACUUCCUAAUUAAAAUGGAAAAGGAAAAACACAAUAAAAAGUCAGCAUUUACCAUGGACAACAUGAUCGUAACCAUAUGGGAUAUUUUUGCUGCAGGAAUGGAUUCAACAAGCCUCACCCUGAGAUAUGGACUUUUGCUCUUGCUGAAGCACCCUGAGAUCACAGUUAACGUUCAAGCCGAAAUUGACCGUGUCAUUGGCAGAGACCGGAGCCCCUGCAUGCAGGACAGAAGUCACAUGCCCUACACAGAUGCUGUGGUGCACGAAAUCCAAAGAUACAUUGACCUUAUCCCCACCAAUAUGCCCCACGAGGUGACUCAGGACGUUCAGUUUAGAGAAUAUCUUAUUCCAAAGGGCACAACCAUAUUAACACAUCUGACUUCUGUCCUGCAUGAUGACAAAGAGUUCCCCAACCCAAAGAAGUUUGACCCUGGCCACUUCCUGGAUGAAAGGGGCAACUUUAAGAAGAGCGACUACUUCAUGCCUUUUUCAGCAGGCAAAAGAGUUUGUGCUGGAGAGGGCCUGGCUCGCAUGGAGCUGUUUUUAAUCCUAACCACCAUUUUACAGAAGUUUACCUUGAAACCUCUGGUUGAUCCAAAGGACAUUGACAUCACCCCAUCUAUCAAGGGGCUAGGCUCUACACCACCCUUCUAUGAGCUCUGUUUCAUUCCAGUCUGA